GUUCAUGUGUGCACCCACUUCCGACGCUUUUCUCCUCUCUCGCUCACCCUGUUCUUGUCAAAAAGGUGCUACAUCCGACUUCGCGCACACCACGCAUCUCUCCCACACUAUCACCUCAAUUCAACCAGUACAACUCCCGGUGCUCGUUCCCUUCCUACCGGAUUCGAGUCUUGUCGAAUACCCGCUGGGUGUGUUGCCCUGGUGCUUCCUGCAAGGGGUACCAGCCUCGGCUCAGCUAAUAGUACUGCGAGGCUAUUCUUCCCCGCCCUCCGCUCCCCGGCCUGCAGCGGUUCUAGUGAAGCCUGGGGUGGUGGGUCUUGUUUUUCUAUCUCAUGCCUCGCCCACGAGUCAAAGACGAAGACCGCAAGCGCGUGGCUCGGGCCUGUGACAGAUGCAAACGACGCAAAGAAAAGUGCGACGGCCAGCAGCCCUGUCUGCUAUGCAAGCGACGGGGGCGCGAUCCAGAAUGCGUCUUCACCGACGCUUUCUCGAAGCGAGGAGCAGCACGCGCAGGAGGAGGACCCUCGCCGACGUCCAUUUCCACCUCGUCCUUUCCACAGCUCGAACAACAAACGACUAAUUUGAGCGUGACUUCGGCAAUACCAACCUCGACCUCCAACCAGCAGGCUCAGCAGGCUCAGCAGGCUCCGCAGUUCCAGGCCCAGCCGCCGACUGACAUGAGUCUACAGAACGGGCUGCUGACCGGCGAAACAUCACCUCACAACGACGCCGAGAUUGCCAUCGAGUCUCUUCUCACAUUGUCCGGGGGCACUCGCAGCGCGGCGGCCAAAUCUCCUCGAGAAGGAGUUGUCGACGAUGAUCCUGCUGCCGAUUACGCCAAAACCCAUCACAAAUACCCCCAUCAAGAAACUCCUUACGACAUGGACGGCGUUGUGUCCAAAGCACCUGUGCCGAAACUGGCCCGAUUGCUGCGCGACGGACGGGGCAAGUUUUUGUUUGUUGGCGACUCUAGCAACUUGGCCUUUGUGCAGAACAUUCGCCGUCUGGUCAAGUCGGAAAUCGGUGACUGUCCAUUAACUUCGGACCCCUUGCGCCAUGCUAUGUGUGAAGUCAUACCGCCACGCAAGCCCCCGACGGCCUUUCAGGCUCAGCACCCAAAACCGAGUGAGGCAGAGGCGCUGGACUUGAUCAAACACUACUUAUUGGCUUCGAGCGGGCUAAUCGAUCUAUUUGAUCCUGAUGAGAUUACAGAGCACCUGUGUGCCUGGACUCGUGACGCUGCGGCCGAAACGGACUUUAACAGCUCCAUUUACUACCUAGUCCUGGCGAUCGGAGCGCUCACCAGAAGCUCGUCCGAAGCGGAUCUAGAAUUGGCCGAGUUUUAUUUCCAGCGUGGACAGGAGAUUGGGGUCUCGAGCUUCCUCGAGGACCCUAGUGUGCUGACUAUCCAGGCUUAUGCGCUGAUUACGUUCUAUAUGCUGUCGGCGGUCCGACGUAACGGCGCGUUCAUGCUGAUGGGAAUCGCGGUGCGCGCAGCCUAUGCUUUAGGCUUACACCGGGGCGACAUAUCAAAUUUAUUCGAGCCACGCGAACGGAUGGCGCGUGAAAGAGUGUGGAAGAGUUUGCGAGUGCUUGACCUGUACAUGAGCGGGUCGCUCGGGCGGCCGCCUGCCACGUCGGAGGUUGACGGUGGCAGCGUUUCGUGGAACCGUUCCACUGGAGACUAUGAAGAUAUUCAGAUGAAGGGACGAAAUAAGUCGGCUACCCUCCGGAUCUGCUUCAUCUUUGAGCGGAUCUUGAAUGAGGUUUAUUGUCGCCGCGAGGUAUCCGUCCAGCUCGUCGAGAGCAUAUCUCGCCAAUACCGUGACUGGACGGCCCAGUUACCGGCCGGCCUGCAGGCCGACAGUCUUGACCAGAAGGCCGGAACCGAAGCCCCGACCUUGAGGCAGACCAUCGGCAUUACACAUCUCAAGGGCGCGUACUAUUGGUCCAUCAUCCUGUUGACGAGGCCAUUCCUCAUCUUCAAAGUUUCCUCCAAGGUCAAAGGCCGGCACGACGAUGACAUGGCGGGUAACUCCGUCACUAUGACUCUGAGCGAAGCAUGCAUUGAUGCCGCUUUGAGAAGUAUCGAGAUCGCCACGGACUUGGUGCAUAUGCCCGGGGUGCCCAAGAGAUUGUUCAUGAUUGCCAACAUUGUCUUCAUUUCCGCCAUGGUGAUAGGCUUUGCGAUCUUCGGUGACUUCGACAAGUCCUUUCCGUUGCUGAGCAGCAUUACACAGGCGGAGUCCAUCUUGGCCAUCAUGAGCAAGGAUGACUUAUCCGCGCGCCGGCAUGAUACCAUCACAAGGCAUCUCCAUCUGGCCGCUCUCGAACACAUCAGAAGGAGGGACGAGAAGCAGCUGCAGAAGCGGAGACAAGAUAUCCAUGACAUAUUUGGCGAUCCUGUCGAGAAAGAUGAUGGUGUGAGGUCGAACCGCCCGAGCACAGGCAAUCAAACGCCAGCCGGGCCGUCUGUGGCCGGACUGCAGCACAAUGGCCGCUUUGAUACCGCCGAACCUGACGUGGAUCCGUCAGCGCCGCCAUGGCAAUUGCGCUUUGACAUGCCACCUGAAAGCCGCGGUCCAAUACUCACCACAUCCGGAGCGCUCGCCUACGCUGGUGAAGAUUCCAACGACCAGCCUAUCCCACCGUUGCCGCGUCAUGAUUUUGGUACGAUGCCGCCGGAUACUGCCUAUCUCUCGCCAGAUGGAUCGGGCGUGCCGAGUCUGCCGUCCUAUGCAGAAGAGUUUCCGCUCUUUUCAUUGAUGACCGAGUUUGACCAGUUGCAGGAUCCUUUUCAGAUGGUUGGGACCUGAAGUGGGGACGGACCGACCUAGUCUGAUUUCUUCGAAAUGGCUGUUUCAUGCGCCGUCGCAUUAAAACUGCUGAUGAAGCGGACCACUCGGCCUGAAACGAACCACGCCACACAUGCGAUGACUAGCAGGUAUAACCCCGUGGGAAGUAACGACUUUGGCAGGAUAUUGAGCAAACAAGGGUCCAAGAUGACAUCCACCGCUACAGGGGGCACAGAGUCCAUCAACGUCCGAUUGAGACUAAAAUAGUCUGCGGCAGCAAAGACCUGUAAGAAAAGAAAUGUGGACUCUGUGCUCCCAAGAUUGCGGUCGACCUUCCGCGACUGCAGUCGUUGGAUGUCUUCCGCCCAGAGUUGUUCGUGGCGAGCAUAGGCAUAUGCACUCAGAGAGGUCAAAAGGGCCGGGUCCUCAAAAACCUCCGCCACCUUGUAUGUGUAGAGCCAGAAGGAAGUGGGUUGCUGUAAUGGUCAAUGUCAUAGUACUUGUAGGAGGAUGCACCGAUGCAGUGUGCAUAGUCCGGACUUACUGUGGCCAACCAGCAGAUGCGGACUUCGUACCGUCGGCCUGGAACUAGGCCCUCGAGGAGAAACCAAUUCUCGGUGCCUUUGGGCGAAUCUGGGGUUGGAAAGCUCGCGUUGACCUGCGUGCGCACGCUGGAAAAUUGUUCAGAGAGAGGUGCUAACAGCAGGUUGUCGAUGCUGGCGUCAGCUGGGGGAGGUUCAGCAGAGGGUGCAAGGAAGAUGAUCUUCUCGACGUUGGCGUAUACUAGUACGCAUUGCAGCCAGAACAGGCACGCAAUGACUCGCAUGACUAUUUGAUGUGCCAUGACUGGGAACUUUGUUCUUAGAGCACUGGCGGUAUACCUAGGUACUUAUACAACGACUGAUGUUCUGGUA